CCCCGGCCCCUCCCACACCCCCCUUCCUUGGCUCUCCGUGUCACCAUCUGUGGCACAAUCCUUCUCUGUCACUCUCCUGCCACCCCCUCCUCCUCCUUCCCGGCUCGCUGUCCCUGCCUCCCCAUCUCUCCCUCUCGCCCCUUCUCCCGCUCUCUCUCCUGCUCCUUCUCUCCUGUCACGCAGUUCUCACCGCUCCCCCCCAUUCUGGCUUCCACCCACUCACUGUCUUCUCUCUCUCUCCCUCCACCUCCGACCGACCCCCCUUUCCCCUCUAUUUCUAUUGGCGUCUCACAGUUCCCCGCUUCCCUUCUCUCUUCCUUGGGAGGCGUCUCUCUCCCUCUCCCCACCCCCCAGCUCCUGCCUGCAGACCCCCCAUCUGGGCCCCUGCCUGCCGCCUCCCCAGGACGUGUCCUGGAAAUGGAGGGUGAUGUACCAGGCGCCCGUGGGAAGUCAGGGCUGGAGGCCAGAGAGAGGCUCUGUGGGCAGAAGUGGCCGCCGCGAGCCUAGGAGGGGGCCUGGGCCCACAAGCGGUCUAGAAGUGGGCACUGUGUGGGGACCCUGGCUAAGGGGUGCUCUGGGGGCACCUGGGCACUGGGCAGGAAGAGGGGCAGCAGAAUGAUAACUGGCUUGGCGGCGAGAAGGGAAGCUGUCACCCAGUGGGCAGGCCAGUAGCUGACUGCUGACUGCCCUCCCCUCAGCCAUGGACACGCCUUCAUUGGUGCCCAUGACCUUGGAAUCUGGGAAUGCCUCCUCCACCUGGCCCCUGGCUGCCACCCUGGGAAACGUGUCAGGGGACCCCAGUGCAGCAGGGCUGGCUGUCAGUGGCGUCCUCAUCCCACUCGUCUACCUGGUCGUGUGCGUGGUGGGCCUGCUGGGCAACUCUCUGGUCAUCUACGUGGUCCUGAGACACACGGCCAGCCCAUCGGUCACCAAUGUCUACAUCCUCAACCUGGCACUGGCUGAUGAGCUCUUCAUGCUGGGGCUGCCCUUCCUGGCUGCCCAGAACGCCUUGUCCUACUGGCCCUUCGGCUCCCUCAUGUGCCGCUUGGUCAUGGCCGUGGAUGGCAUCAACCAGUUCACCAGCAUCUUCUGCCUCACGGUCAUGAGUGUGGAUCGCUACCUGGCAGUGGUACAUCCCACCCGCUCAGCCCGCUGGCGCACGGCGCCCGUGGCUCGCACGGUCAGUGCGGCUGUCUGGGUGGCCUCAGCCGUGGUGGUGCUGCCUGUGGUGGUCUUCUCUGGUGUGCCCCAUGGCAUGAGCACCUGCCACAUGCAGUGGCCCGAGCCGGCAGCGGCCUGGCGUGCCGGCUUCAUCAUCUACACAGCCGUGCUAGGCUUCUUCGGGCCGCUGCUGGUCAUCUGCCUCUGCUACCUGCUCAUCGUGGUGAAGGUGCGCUCAGCGGGGCGGAGGGUGCAGGCACCCUUGAGCCAGCGGCGGAGGCGCUCCGAGCGCAGGGUCACGCGCAUGGUAGUGGCCGUGGUGGCACUCUUCGUCCUCUGCUGGAUGCCCUUCUACGUGCUCAAUAUCAUCAACGUGGUGCGCCCACUGCCCGAGGAGCCUGCCUUCUUCGGCCUCUACUUCCUGGUGGUGGCACUGCCCUAUGCCAACAGCUGUGCCAAUCCCAUCCUUUAUGGCUUCCUCUCCUACCGCUUCAAACAAGGCUUCCGCAGGGUCCUGCUGCGGCCUUCCCGCCGCGUGCGCAGCCAGGAGCCUCCCGUGGGGCCUCUGGAGAAGACUGGAGAGGAUGAGGAUGAGGAUGGGGAGGAAGACAGGGAGGAGGGGAGUGGAAAGCAGGGACAAGGGGAGGAGAUGAAUGGCCAGGUCAGCCAGAUCUCCCGGCCUGGCACCAGCGCACCAGAGCGGCCACUCAGCCGCACGGCCAGCAAGGAGCAGCAGUUUCUACCCCAAGAGGCCUCAGCUGGGGAGAAGUCAAGCACCCUGCACAUCAGCUAUCUGUAGGGGCCUGCAGAGGGCCAGGGUGGCCAGAGGAUGAGGCAGAAGCUGUGGGUGCACCUAGGAACUUCUGCCCAUGGUGUCAGUGGCUCAUGGUGGGCUCUGAUCCCAUUGCUGCUGAGACUUGCUGUGUGGCCUUGAAUAGGUCACUUCCCCUCUCUGGGCCCCCUGUUCUCUUCUGUGACUUAGGGGUAGGGGUGACCAGCCUAGAUGAGGUCUGUCAGGUGAGAGGCCUGGAGUGCUAUCACCACUGGGAUGUCCUUCCUACGUGGGGCCCAGGUUAAGGGGAAAGGUGCAGACCGGCUUUCCUCCUCGGAGACAGAGCGUCCUGGUGGGUCAGCCUGAGUCUUGGACCUUAGAGGGAUAAACAAAGGCCUGAGUUUCCUGGGCUCAGAGUCAGGUUCACAGGAGAGGGGCCGGGGCCGGGAAGGUCCCCCUAGUGGGGUGGGAAGGAGGGUGGGAGGCCCAGGCUGCCGCAAGGCCGUGGCUCAGCCCUUUUCUUUUCUGGGGCUCAGGCCUCACCUGCUGAACCCCUGGCCCAAACAGUCAGGGCUGGGACCCCUGUGCUCUAGACAUGAUGAGAGGAGAUAGAUUUCCCAGGAAAUUUCCAGCUUCAGGGUCCCUUACUGCCUGGGCCUUUCUGAGGCCCUGCAUCUAAUUUUUAUCUGUACUUUUAUAUUUCUUUUCUUAAAGAGUGACCCCAAAUUGCAUAAGCUUAGGCCACCCAAAGCCUAGCUCAAUCCUACAGUGUCCUGUGGUUGCAGGUGGGUGGCCCUGGGUCUUUGACAGGGCCACGCAGCCCUGGCCUUCCCCUCCCAGAGGGCCAGGUAGACUGGCGUGGAAAGUGUCUAAACAGCACAGCCCGGAGGAGGACGAGGACGGCGGUGGGGGGCGGAGGUCAGAAGCGGCCGUGACCCGGGUGCCCCCCCCACCGGUCCCUCUGCGCUGAGCGUAGUUGCGGCGUCCAUGGAACUGGGUUGCUCCUGCCUGGCCUCUUCAGUCUCAAGGAUGCACGUGUGAUCAGGACAGGAAAGCAAACGCUCAGGAAGGUAGGGGCCAGCCCCCUGGAGGGCCUGGUAAGGAAGCCUGGACCUUGGUGGGGGCCUGGGGACAGAGCUGAGAAGCAGGGCCUGGGGCCUGAGGAGCAGGCCUCCCUGUUUUCUGCAUUCCUGGGGCUACAGUUUAGGAGACCCAGGAAAGGUAAGGCAGUAAAAGGCCGCUGUCCAGGGCUGGACUCCCAGCCAGAGAUGAGUGAACCGGCCCCACGGAGAGUGGAACCUCAGGUUACAUCCCCAAACCCUCUACCCCGCAGGAGGGGGGGGCAUCCUCAGGGAAAGCAUGUGAACCAUGAGCUGUGGGACCCAGAUAGCCAACCCUCCUCAGGAUCCUAGCUUUGACCUCUCUGGGCCUCAGUUUCCCCAUAAGAAACUGGAUGUAGUUGCCUGCCUCCUGGGAUUUGGGGGAGGAAAAUGAGUCAUACUGGGUAGGCUGCCAUGCAUACUACAAUGGGGGGCAUGUGCAGAGGGACAUACAGAUUAUAUAGUGGAGGUAGCCUCCUGCCAGGCUUGGCCUACACCCUGUUCUCCAUCAAGUAGCCUGUCUCCUGUCCUAUCCUUGGGGGUGAGGACACUGCUGGAAGUGAGAAAGGGGGAGUUGGGGUAAGAAGCCAAAGAUCAGGGAAGCAGGGCUUGUGGGGGAGAGGCGCCCUCUCAUGGGGGAGCAAGUUCACAAAACCAGACUUUGUGUGGAGGCCGGGGGCCAGGCCCUCCUCCCUUGGGGAGGUUCUGGGGGUCUGAGGCAAGAGGGCCUCUGGCAUUCCAGCAUUCUUUGGCCAGCGCUGCCUUCCUGAUUCCUGGGGCAGGUGAGCCUGUUCUGCAAGGGUGGCUGGAAGAACCCUUAGGGGAAUUCUUUGCUGCUUCUGCCCUUAGCUCUUGUCAAUAAAGACGGCAACACAUGA